ACAUUUUCGCUUUUCUCGUCCACCUCUCUCUCUCCCCUUCUUGACUUGUGUUUUAGACUCUCAAGAGAGCGCGCGCCUGCAAGAGGUUGAAGAAAGCAUUCUCGCGAAGCUCUAGAGACUCUGUUUUGUUACUCACUGAUUCUCAUGGACAAUCAUCAUCUCCCCCACUCUCGUAACAACCCAAACAGGUCCUCCUCCGCCUCCACUAAGAAACAUCCUCACACCAACAACGUUAACGGCGGUUUCACCUCCGCCAAAACGGCGAACGCCGCCACGACAUACGACGACGUUUUCGGCGGCCCUCCCAGGUUCGGAGCCCCGUCCUUAUCCCCUCGCCUCGAAGACUACUGCGAGAUCUUCUCCGGUUUCAACGGCUCCUCACGCGCCGCCGUCUCCUCGAUUCCGGUCCUCGAUCUCCCCCUCGUCGACGGUAAAGGCGUCUGCUUUGACGUCCGGAGAGAGAGCUUCGACUACCGCGAGGUCUUCGGAGGCUUCAACGAUCUCGAUUUCGCUCCGUCGUACGAGGAGCUCUUUGUUCAGCAGCGGCGGAGUUCCACGGUGGCUGACGGAGAUUCCUCCGACGAUGCUUGGACUCCUGAAGAAGAAGAAGAAGAAGUAGAGUCGGUGUCAGGGAAAAGUCCUUCCUUUUCUAACGGAAGAGAUUCGUAUGAUUCGAUUGAUGGAUGUACGGAGUUCAACAUCUUUUAUCACAAAGCUGGUCAGGUGAACGAGACAAACAUCUCAAGUGGUGUGUUACGUGUAGCCGCUCCUGAUGUUGGUUAUACUGUUGCGGUUGAUGAAAUGGUUGGUGCAAGUGGGAGAGCGAAAGAGACGGGUCCCUCUUCUUCUGUUGCCUUUGAAGACAAGAAUGGUGGCCAUCAAAAGUAUUAUCCUAGUGAACCUUUUGUGACUGUUUCUGAGAUUGGGUUGAAGACUCAUCCUACUGGAAUACCACCUCCUUCUAGACCACCUCCUGUGUUGAAAAGCGAUUUUAAAAGGUCGGGUUCUAAUUCUAGAACUACAGGAUCCGAAGGGUCUACUGAAGGCGGUUCUCCACGGUUCUUUGAUGUGGAGGUUGAUGCGAGUUCAGCUGCUGUGAGAGACGCUAUGGUUAAAGCUGAGGCAAAACUUAAAAGUGCAAAAGAGCUGUUUGAAAGGAAAUCGAGUCAUGCAGCUACUAGGAAACCUCCGAGGGAUGAGCAUGGAAGUAAGCCUCUGUCUUCUCAAGGGUCUGUGAACUCUGACGGAAACGAGGAAUGGGAAGAGGCUACACAGUUUGUUGAACUGGUGAGAACAGAGCAGCCUAGAAAUGCUGAUGAGAACAGUGGUGGAGAAGAUGCUCCUUUCCCUCUUAGUGCCGGGUUUUUCGAUAAGGAGAAACAACAACGUAUCAGAGCAAAAGGUGGUAAGGAGUUGCCAAAACACCCUCGAACGAGGAAGGUAGGAUCAGGGCAUAAGAGACGUGAGGACAGACUUGCUGCGGAAAAAGCUCCUGAAGAGACAAAGAAUGAGAAGUUGAGAGAUGUUGAGCUGCAAUUUGAGAUAGGCAACAACUUAUCUGAUCGUGGGGGAAUAGUGAAACACAGAAACCUGCUCAGGCCAGAAGAAAAACUUGCAAAGAAAGAUCAACAAUCAGAUAGAAGACCAGACCGAAAAGCAGCUGGAAAGAAUCAGGAUUGUGUGUUUGAUUGGGAACAAAAUGCGAGAAAACUCAGGGAGGCUCUUGGUCUAUCAGAUAAUGAAAGCACGCUAGAGGUUUCCGUGGGAACACGUGGCGAGAUGGACGAGAGUGAGACAAAACUGGAGGAGGCUUUGAGGCGGAUGGAGGAGGAAACCAACUCUAAAGAGGCUCGUGUAAAGGAAGAAACUGUCAAGAAAGAAAAAGAAGCUUUUGAGAAGGCAGAAAAUGAGAAAAGACUAAGAGCAGCUUUGGAGCAAGAAGAGAAGGUCAAAAAGCUUAAAGAAGAGAACGAACGGAGAGCGGCAGAGGCGGCUCGCGAAAAGGCAGAAGAAGAAAGGAAAAGGAAAGAACAAGAAGAAUAUGAAAGAAGGCUAAAAGAAGCCUUUGAAAAGGAAGAAGAAGAGAGGAGAAAGAGAGAGGCUCGCGAAAAGGCAGAAGAAGAGAGGAGAAGGAAAGAACAAGAAGAGUAUGAAAGGAGGCUAAAAGAAGCUUUUGAAAAGGAAGAAAAGAACCGUAGAAUGAGAGAGGCCCGUGAGAAGGAAGAGAAUGAAAGGAAAAUGAAAGAAGCACGUGAAAAAGAAGAAAACGAACGGAGAAGAAUAAAAGAGGCUCAUGAGAAGGCAGAGGUGGAGCGAAGGAUGAAAGAAACUCUUGAACAAGAAGAGAAGGAAAGACAAAUUAAAGAGAGGGAAGCAUAUGAGAGGAGAGCCAGAGAGGCUCUUGAGCAGGCAGAGAAUGAGAGGAGAGCCAAAGAGGCUAUUGAGCAGAAGGAGAAAGAAAGGAGGUUGAAAGAGGAGAAUGAGAAGAAGCUGAAGGAAGCUAUUGAGCUAGAAGAGAAAGAAAAAAGACUGAUAGAAGCUUUUGAGAGGGCGGAGACUGAGAGAAGACUGAAAGAGGAGCUUGAACAAGAAGAGAUGAGGCUGCAAGAGGCCAAGGAAAGAGAAAGAACACAGAGAGAAAAUCAAGAGCGCCAAGAAAAAGAGAGACACGAGGAACAAGGAGACACCUGUGAAAUGGAGAAAACGUGUGAAACCACCAAUGAGGCUAAUGGAGAGCAAUGGUCGAAAGAGAAUCUAAGCGACUCUGCAGAAGAGGAUGAGAGAGUAGACAACCUCGAACCAGUGAACAAGGUACCAGUGGAAGAAGAAGGACCAAGCCAGAGAGUUUCUGUGUCCGAAGAAGAAGCCUGUCCCUGGAAGGUGUUUGAAAAGAAUUUAAAAGAUGCAAGCCAAAAAGAAGGAACUGAUGAGCUGGAUGAUGAAUCUGGGAAGCUAAAUGGAGAAUCUAGUGAGGAGUCCGCUUCUGCUACUGACAAUGUCCAAGAAGGAAAGCUCAAACAGACGAGCAAAACAGUUGAAGAAAGAUCAGAAGACGAGAAAGUAAAAAAUGCAAGUGUUGGCGGUGAUCAAAGGAGUCAAGAGGAAAGCAAGUCUACUAACAAAACAUCCUCUGGUAUCAGAAACCAUGAAGAUGCAAAAUCAGAAAGACCACUGCCAUCUCGAGUAUUCAUGCAACAACGUGAGAAAGAAGCAGAGAGACUAAAGCGAGAACUAGACUCAAAAAUGGAGCAUCUAAGAAAGAUAGAGGAAGAGAGGGAGAGGGAAAGAGAAAGGGAGAAGGACCGAAUGGCUUUUGAUCAGAGAGCCUUGGCUGAUGCGCGUGAGAGAUUGGAGAAAGCAUGCGCUGAGGCCAGAGAGAGGUCUUUCCCUGAUAAUAAGGCGUCAACGGAGGCUAGGCUCAGAGCAGAACGCGCAGCAGUGGAGAGAGCAACCGCCGAAGCUCGUGAACGCGCAGCUGAAAAAGCUGCUUUUGAGGCGAGAGAUCGAAUGGAAAGAUCAGUUUCUGAUAAGCAGUUUCAGAGUUCAGGUUUGUUUGGCGAGCGGAUGGAAAGAUCAGUUUCCGAGAAGCAGUUUCAGAACUCAGCCUCAUUUGGUGCUUCAAGAUAUCAAAACUCUCCUGGUGCUGAUGGUGAAUCACCUCAAAGGUAUACAUCGAGACUAGAAAGGCAUCGAAGAACAGCUGAUCGUGUGGCUAAAGCUUUAGCAGAGAAGAACAUGCGUGAUCUCGUGGCUCAGAGAGAACAAGCAGAGAGAGUUAGGAUUGCUGAAACCUUAGACGCGGAAGUAAAGAGAUGGUCAAGUGGGAAAGAAGGAAACAUAAGAGCAUUACUCUCAACACUACAAUACAUCCUAGGUUCUGAAAGCGGUUGGCAACCAUUACCGUUAACAGAAGUCAUAACAUCAGCAGCUGUGAAACGAGCUUACAGGAAAGCAACGCUUUGUGUUCAUCCAGACAAGUUGCAGCAACGAGGUGCAAACAUUCACCAGAAAUAUAUCUGCGAGAAGGUCUUUGAUCUUCUCAAGGAAGCUUGGAACAGAUUCAACUCAGAAGAAAGGUAGAGAGAGAGAGAGAGAGAGAGAGAGAGAGAGAGAGAGAGAGAGAGGCCCUGUGUUAUAUUCUCAGAAGGGUUGAUUUUUUUUUUCUAUAUGAAAAUUUGUAAAAAGUCGUGCUUCUUAACAAAACAAUUAUUCAUUUUAAUCUGACCGAAGCUUUGAGCAAUGAAAACGUGUUAAUUCGUUUA